AUGAGACUUCUUUUUACAACUGCUUUAUCUCUCUCACAAGCCUUUGUUGUGCUUUCUCAACACGCUGAGGCCGCUUUCCGCGCUCCUUUGACCUGUGAGGAACGUGCUCGGCAAGCAGGUUACCCUCCCAACCCUGGUUAUGCUCCGUACCCCCCUAACCCUGCCUACCCUCUCAAUCCUCCCAACUUCCCUGCCCCUUUGCCUGGUCUCUGCCCUCAGACAUGUGGCAAUGGACAUGGCGUCGCUGAACCCUCUUGCAGAUGCACGAACUAUCCAGUCUGUGGGCAUGGCAAAUACCUAGGCAUCAAAUACGGCCAUUGUUAUAUCCUUUCCUUCUCCGAUGGCGAGCAACUCGGCAUUGAUCGGGACCACACCGACUACAAGAAGAACGGCUUCUUCGUAGAUAUCCCAUUCAAAGUCUGCAAUUCGACCUCUGAUUGCUCGCGUGGAAAGGAGGUUGAGAUGGGCCAGUCCUUCUCCCUCCAAGAUCAGCAUGGAUUGUAUAGAGACACGCAGUCGACGAAAGGGUGGAUUAAUGACGCCUCUGGUGGCGCUCAUAUGGAAUUCACCACUGAUGCUAGCCACGCUGGUAAAUUCACGGGAAUCCCUACUUGUACUGGGGGUGAAUGCGCUAUUCAAAUGUAUGGUGGUCCCUCUGGCGGUGCAUUGGCAUAUGCCUGCCCGAUGCCCCAGCCUGGACUGACAUUUUAUGGGAACCCUAAAGUCGGUCAGAAGCUUCGCUUCUCUGAGGUGUCGUGCGACGAGUAUGAGGUCCCUUUGACUUCUGGCAUCAACCUGCAGUGA